AUGACUGGUGGUGCUCGAACAUCAGCUGGAUUUACUUCACCGUUCGAAAUUGAAACUGAAUUGGGACAAGGAGCGGUAACAGUAUCAUUUUUGUUCAACUUCGCCGUCGAUGACAUCAUGCGAAGAACAGUGGAGCAAUGUUCUGCCGACAUCGUUUUAGCACUGUCAGAGUGUCCCUUGACCGAGCUCGAGUACGACGACGAUGUAGUAGUAUUCGCUUCAAGCAAAGCGAAAUUGCAGCAUGUCAUCGAUCUUGAGUCGAUACUGGCUUUGGCCUAUGGACUGCGACUCCUCUCUGACAAAUCCAAGCAGGUGUAG